ACAAUCUCAAACCUUCCAAAACCGCCAUGGCUCAAACCCUACCAAAACCCUGAAAUUAGGAAUUACAUUCCCACAGACCACGACUUUCUCUCUCCUCGGGUUUUCGUCUUUCUUGUUAAUCAAGCCAAUUCAUUUCCCCCAAAAUAAAACCAACCUCAAAUUCAUUUCCAGUUCAUUUCAAUUUUAUCCCAGUUGAAUCAAGAAAUCUGCUGGAGAAGAAGAAGAACAACAACAUUUUUAACAAUGGCGGGUGCGAAACUUUGUGCAGCAGGGCUGUCCGCCAUUGCAGCUGCAACUAUGGGUGUUGACCAUGCUUAUGCCGAUUCCCCUUUUAACUUCCCCUCAUUUUCUCCUCCGUCGGUUCCCUCCGGAAAAUCGCCUAUUCCGCCGAUGCCACCUACUGGAAAUGCUCCUACGCCGCCGCCGCCGGAGCCGGAGAAGGAGAAGCCGCGGAAACCGAGGAAUGAUAACCCUAGAACUACUGCCGCUGGAUUCGAUGUCGAGGCGUUGCGUGAAGCUACUGAAUGUUUGAAGUUUAUUGAGAAGUCUAAAAAUACCGGAAAGGCGUUUGAGUAUAUGAAGACGAGGGAACAAACUAAGCAGACAGAAGCUGCUGCGAAAUUGGCAGAGUUGAAGGCAAUGACAGCUAAUUCUGAGCUAGAGAAGCAGAGAGUGAUGUAUGAGGAACAGAAGAAGUUAAAUAAGCAAACAGCGGAAAUUAAAACUCAGUUGGCACAAUAUGAAGAUCAAUUGAAAAGAAAAAGGAUGGCGACAGAGGAUGAGCUACAAAAAAUUAGGAAUCGGGAGUUGGUACAUAUGCAAGGAGAGUCUGCUAAAGCAUUAGAAGCUGCUAGGCGACAAACAGAAGAGGAGAUACAACGAACGCGUCUUAGAACUGAACAACAAAAGGCUGACCUAGAACGUGAAACCAUCAGAGUAAAGGCGAUGGCAGAAGCAGAAGCGAGAGCCCAUGAAACAAAGUUGUCGGAAGAGGUCAAUACACGUAUGUUGGGGAUUCGUGCGAAAGCAGAUAUGGAAAAGUUGGUUUCAGCUAUAAACACCACUUUUGAUCAUAUUGGAGGAGGAUUCCGGGCUUUAUUGACAGAUCAAAAUAAGCUUGUUGUAGCUGUAGGUGGGGUCACUGCUCUUGCUGCAGGCAUAUAUACUACAAGAGAAGGAGCUAAAGUAGUGUGGAGUUACGUAGACAGGAUGCUGGGACAACCAUCACUAAUUAGAGAGUCCUCCAGAGGAAAAUAUCCCUGGUCUGGUGUUGUUCCCCGUGUCAUGAGUACAUUCCGUGGUUCUAAUGGAGGAACUGCUUCCAACAAGGGAAAUGGUUUUGGAGAUGUUAUUUUACACCCCUCUCUCCAGAAAAGAAUCCAGCAGCUAGCUUCUGCAACUGCAAACACAAAAGCUCAUCAAGCACCAUUCCGCAAUAUGCUUUUUUAUGGCCCGCCAGGAACUGGGAAGACAAUGGCUGCACGAGAGCUGGCUCGUAAAUCGGGCUUGGACUAUGCAUUGAUGACUGGUGGAGAUGUUGCACCACUGGGGGCACAAGCAGUUACGAAGAUACACCAGCUGUUUGACUGGGCAAAAAAAUCUAAUAGGGGCCUGUUGUUAUUUAUUGAUGAAGCCGAUGCUUUUCUUUGCGAACGAAACAAAAUGUACAUGAGUGAAGCUCAACGGAGUGCACUGAAUGCGCUCCUGUUUCGAACUGGUGAUCAGUCUAAAGAUAUAGUCCUAGCUCUUGCCACAAACCGUCCAGGAGAUCUGGAUUCAGCAGUGUCUGAUCGUAUUGAUGAAGUCCUUGAGUUCCCAUUACCUGGAGAAGAUGAACGAUUUAAGUUGCUGAAACUCUAUCUCGACAAGUAUAUAGCGCAAGCUGGAUCACGAAAACCUGGGUUGUUUUCACAUUUUUUUAAGAACCAACAACAGAAGAUUGAAAUUACAGGGUUGACAGAUGACUUGCUCAAAGAGGCUGCUGCUAAAACAGAAGGAUUUUCAGGGAGAGAGAUUGCAAAACUAAUGGCAGGAAUUCAAGCAGCUGUUUAUGGUAGUGAAAAUUGCAUCCUUGAUCCUCAAUUGUUUCGCGAGGUUGUAGAUUACAAGGUUGCAGAACACCAACAGAGAAAGAAGUUGGCUCAUUGAAUCAUGGCAAAAGUCUCUGACCUCUCGAGAUUUUAUCAGUUUCUUUUUUUAGCGCUGUGAAGACGGGUAGGUUAAGCGUAGAGGAACUUUUUUGGUCAUCAACAUUGAUGUAUUGUCAUAAUUUUGCCCUUAUUAGUGGGAAAUUUUGGCUGAUUAGGGAAUUGAAAUCCGCCGAGCCUCCACCUCCAGGUGUUCAUUGUUUUAAUAUGUUUGACAUUGGUGCCUAUAACCACCUUGUACAAUAAAAUCAUUAUAGAGAAUCUUAAUUCA